AAAGCCAUUCGGCAACGUAUGACGUCGUACGUAUGACAGUGCCCAAAAUUCAACAUGGAGGAUUGCGUAGUGGUAGAGAAGAGCCCGGAAGAAAUGCCGGCAAUCCUGACUUCCAGACCGCAGACAGGUCUGUCCUUUCUGGCACCAGAACCAGAGGACCUUGAGGACCUUUACAGCCGAUAUAAGAAGCUGCAGCAGGAGCUUGAAUUCCUGGAGGUGCAGGAGGAAUACAUUAAAGAUGAACAGAAGAACCUGAAGAAAGAGUUUCUGCAUGCCCAGGAGGAGGUGAAGAGGAUACAGAGUAUCCCUCUUGUGAUUGGCCAGUUUCUGGAAGCUGUUGACCAAAACACAGCUAUUGUUGGAUCCACAACAGGGUCCAACUACUAUGUCCGCAUCUUGAGCACGAUUGACAGAGAGCUGCUGAAGCCUAAUGCCUCAGUGGCUUUGCACAAGCACAGCAACGCUCUGGUAGAUGUGCUCCCCCCUGAAGCUGACAGCAGCAUCAUGAUGCUGACAUCAGACCAAAAGCCUGAUGUGAUGUAUGCUGAUAUUGGUGGUAUGGACAUCCAGAAACAAGAAGUCAGGGAAGCAGUGGAGCUGCCACUCACACACUUUGAGCUCUACAAACAGAUUGGUAUUGACCCACCCAGGGGUGUCCUUAUGUAUGGGCCUCCAGGCUGUGGGAAGACCAUGCUGGCUAAAGCUGUGGCACACCACACUACAGCGGCGUUUAUCCGUGUAGUGGGCUCCGAGUUUGUUCAAAAGUAUUUGGGGGAAGGCCCUCGUAUGGUUCGUGAUGUCUUCCGGUUGGCCAAGGAAAACGCACCAGCCAUCAUUUUCAUUGAUGAGAUUGAUGCCAUAGCCACUAAGCGUUUUGAUGCACAGACAGGAGCUGACAGGGAGGUACAGAGAAUCUUACUUGAGUUGCUUAAUCAAAUGGAUGGAUUUGACCAGAAUGUCAAUGUCAAGGUGAUCAUGGCGACUAACAGAGCAGACACACUGGACCCAGCCCUGCUGCGUCCUGGUCGUCUGGACAGAAAAAUUGAGUUCCCACUUCCUGACCGCAGGCAGAAACGACUUAUUUUUUCCACAAUCACGAGUAAGAUGAACCUCUCUGAGGAGGUGGACCUGGAGGACUAUGUGGCCAGGCCAGACAAGAUCUCCGGGGCUGAUAUAAACUCCAUCUGCCAGGAGGCUGGCAUGUUGGCAGUGCGUGAGAACAGGUACAUCGUCCUCGCCAAAGACUUUGAAAAAGCAUACAAGACCGUCAUCAAAAAGGAUGAGCAGGAGCACGAGUUCUACAAGUAGAGAGAAAAUGCAUCUGGGAAAAAAUGUCCAAACACACAAGUGUGUUAUUGAUUUGUGGUGACUGUUGACAGUGUCUAAAUUUACCAACAGCAGCUCAUAGCCUGAUGUCAGAUUAGUCCUGUGUAUCCGGUCUACAAGACGCAUAACACCAUAUAAUUGAAGUGCUUUUGUACAUGCACUCUUCUGGAUCCUGACAAUAGCUAGGAUAGACCGUUUGUACGUAUUACUCACAGAAGAUUAAAAACAAUUAAAGAGGUUUUCCAUGAAAGAUGA